AGCAGGAGUUGAUGGCCAAGCGAAAGCACUUGUGGACUAUGGCUCCCGGGCUGCCUGCAGCGUGCGUCCUCCUCCUGGUCGCUCCGAUUAUGGUUACCCCGGCUGCCUUCGGUCAGGACGAUGAUUCGGGAGGUGAUAGUACUCAGGUGGUCGGCAGCAAUGACAACCUGGACUUCGACGAUUACCGAGGCAAAGGCUGCGUGGACGACAGUGGGUUUGUGUACAAGUUGGGCGAGCGUUUCUUCCCGGGCCAUUCGAACUGCCCGUGCAUGUGCACGGAGGACGGGCCAGUGUGUGAGCAGCCGGAAUGCCCUAAGAUUCACCCGAAGUGCAGUAAGGUGGAGCACAACGGCUGUUGCCCUGAAUGCAAAGAAGUGAAAAACUUUUGUGAAUAUCGGGCGAAAACCUACAAAGUGCUGGAAGAAUUUAAGCCGUCUCCCUGUGAGUGGUGCCGAUGCGAAGCCAGCAGUGAAGUGCACUGUGUGGUAGCUGAUUGCGCCGUCCCCGAGUGCGUCAACCCAGUCUACGAACCCGAGCAAUGUUGUCCGGUGUGCAAAAACGGUCCCAACUGUUUUGCAGGCUCUACAAUAAUCCCAGCAGGAAAGGAAGUGAAGGUAGACGACUGUACCAUAUGCCAGUGCUCUCAGAAUGGGGAUUGGUGGAAGACGGAGCGACAGGCCACAUGUGUCAAACGGGAAUGUGAACGACUGUGAACCGGGUGUCAACUGUUCCACUUCUGA